AUGAAAUUCUCAGCAUCAAGUAAAAACAUCAAAGACCCCAAUUUUGACAUUCCUGGACCUGGGCAGUACAACCAAUCCUUAGCCUAUAUUAAAGUUCCAUCCUAUAAAUUCGGGACGUCAAAAAGAGACCCAUCUCCUGAAAAUUUAAAUAAAAAUCCAGGUCCUGGAACUUAUGAAACUGGCUCGGUUACUGAAAGAUCAACUGUCAGGUUUGGAACUGAAUCUAGGGAAAAAUUGAGACUGGAUAACUCUCCUGGCCCUGGAGCCUAUGAUAUUCCUGUAAGUCUUGAUAAAAAAGCGGCAUUGCUAAUGGGGAGAACAUUACCAAAACAGCUAGAUCAUGUUCCUGGUCCAGGGGCUUAUGACAUUAAUAGAAAAUGGUAUGUGCGCUCUGUAAGUGUGGGAAAAGAAAUGAGAUUUAAACGACCAGACCCUGAGAUUCCUGGGAAACCAUAAAAAAGCCUGAAGAGUGAAUCACGUAUAUUUUAAAUUUAUAGAUGUUACUAAAAUUCACAGGAAAAAAAUUAUACUUAAAAAUAUUUUUUUAUAUGAAAAUCUCCUUCCGAAUAUGUGAUCAUAGCUUGAUAGCUUUAAAAUAUAAAUACUACUCUUUAAAUUAUCUCACACGAAAUAUUUUUUGAAAUUAGUUUUAUGAGGUCUGCUCUUUCAAAAUUUUUUCCAGUUGGUUUUUUUUAUUACUCUUCCUGGGCCUGGAGCUUAUACAAUGAAUGAACGAGCUUCAACAACUGCUACUAUAAUUGGGACUUCGAAAAGAAGGCCUUUUAUAGAGCACCAGGAUGUUCCAGGUCCUGGAGAUUAUAAUAUCCCUUUGAAAUUUACUGAUAAAGUUGGGUUCAGCCUAAUGAGUCGAAUCCCUCGAAAAGAAAGAGAUCUUACUCCUGGGCCUGGUGCUUAUAAUAUACCUGAUACCAGAGAAAUCAGAGCCCCUACUCUAACUGCCAAAAGAGAAGAAAUUUGGAAGAAAAGUGAUACCCCCGGCCCUGGAAAUUAUUUAAUAACUUCUUUAAAGUCACAUGGCCCAGCUUAUACUCUUGGGCAUAAAUCAACAGAAAAGCUCAACACUGAUGCUCCAGGACCAGGCAAUUAUGAUACGGUGGUCACUGAAAAAUCACACGCAAUGGUGAUAGGGAAAAGUAAAAGAUUCGAGCUCACAAAUGAAGAAAAACACAUGAGAAUAGUUCCCGGCCCAGGAGCAUAUGAUCCUAAAAUUGAAUUUGUUGGCCUUUCUAAAAAGUUAAGAAGAGACUCAAGAAAAUCAGAAAAUCAUCUUCCUCAGCUUGGGCAAGUUCCUCAAGUAUCCUAUGUUGAUUCAUUAUAAUAUUCUCUAAAAUAGUCAUAAUAAUGCUUUAUUUUAGCAAAAAAGCAUGCGUUAA